CACCCAAAGCCUAUCCUGCACCUCUCGUCUCUCCCACAUACCCUCUUCUGUUUGCUGUGUUCUCUCGCUGCGGCUAGGGUUUUAGCACGAUAUCUCCUUCUGAAGCAUCUUUUUAGGAAUCCACAAUGGGUAAAGAGAAGGUUCACAUCAACAUUGUCGUCAUUGGCCAUGUCGACUCUGGCAAGUCGACCACCACUGGUCACUUGAUCUACAAGCUUGGAGGUAUUGACAAGCGUGUUAUCGAGAGGUUUGAAAAGGAGGCAGCUGAAAUGAACAAGCGGUCCUUCAAGUAUGCCUGGGUGUUGGACAAACUGAAGGCUGAGCGUGAACGUGGUAUCACCAUUGAUAUUGCCUUGUGGAAGUUUGAAACCACCAGGUACUACUGCACUGUUAUUGAUGCUCCUGGCCAUCGGGACUUCAUCAAGAACAUGAUUACUGGUACCUCACAGGCAGAUUGUGCUGUCCUCAUUAUUGACUCCACCACUGGUGGUUUUGAAGCUGGUAUCUCCAAGGAUGGACAAACCCGUGAGCAUGCGCUACUUGCUUUCACCCUUGGUGUGAAGCAGAUGAUUUGCUGCUGUAACAAGAUGGAUGCCACAACACCCAAGUACUCCAAGGCAAGGUACGAUGAAAUCGUGAAGGAAGUUUCUUCCUACCUGAAGAAGGUUGGAUACAACCCUGAUAAGAUUCCAUUUGUCCCCAUCUCUGGCUUUGAGGGUGACAAUAUGAUAGAGAGGUCUACCAACCUUGACUGGUACAAGGGCCCAACUCUUCUUGAGGCCCUGGACAUGAUCAAUGAGCCCAAGAGGCCCACAGACAAGCCACUGCGACUCCCUCUUCAGGAUGUGUACAAGAUUGGUGGGAUUGGAACUGUCCCAGUGGGACGUGUGGAGACUGGUGUCCUGAAGCCCGGUAUGGUGGUGACCUUUGGCCCCUCUGGACUGACAACUGAAGUGAAGUCUGUUGAGAUGCACCAUGAGUCUCUCCCAGAGGCUUUGCCUGGUGACAAUGUUGGCUUCAACGUGAAGAACGUUGCUGUGAAGGAUCUCAAGCGUGGGUUUGUUGCCUCCAACUCCAAGGAUGACCCUGCCAAGGAGGCAGCCAACUUCACCUCCCAGGUCAUCAUCAUGAACCACCCGGGUCAGAUCGGAAAUGGCUAUGCCCCUGUUCUGGACUGCCACACCUCCCACAUUGCUGUUAAGUUUGCUGAGAUACUGACCAAGAUUGACAGGCGAUCUGGCAAGGAGCUUGAGAAGGAGCCCAAGUUCUUGAAGAAUGGUGAUGCAGGGUUUGUUAAGAUGAUUCCAACCAAGCCCAUGGUGGUGGAGACUUUCUCCGAGUAUCCCCCACUUGGUCGUUUUGCUGUUCGUGACAUGCGUCAGACUGUUGCUGUUGGAGUCAUCAAGAGCGUGGAGAAGAAGGAUCCAUCUGGAGCCAAGGUCACCAAGUCUGCAGCCAAGAAGAAGUGAAGCGUGCGCAAUGGGAGCUCAACAGAGGAAGCCUCCUAUCAUCAAAAUAAAAUGAUUUGUCGUGAAAACAUUUUAUCUAUUACUACUGUCAUAGGUCCUCCGCUUUAUUUUGUGCGUCAUAGUUUUCUGCCUUCUUCCUUGGGUAGCCUGUCCCAGAACUGGGUUCUUGAUAGGCGGUGGCAGAUAACUGGUUGAGUCCUUUGCUUUUCCUUUGUCAUUGUCAUGUUGUGUCGUGUCCUCUUUUGAUCGAGGUGCUUUCGGUUUUUCCUUAAGCGGCUCAAGAGUUUUGUUGUGUCUUUUACUCCGGAUAUUUUGGUUUUUAAUCAACUGUUCUUAGUUUAUUUA